UGUACCAUUAUACCAUUGUGUAACUCAUAUGUUGUGGUCAGGUUUCUUUCAGGAUGGAAAAUGCAGAACCUUUUCUCUGGAGUAUGUUUGAAGGUCAGCAUGCUUCUACAAAUAAAAGUCCUACAGAUCAAACAGGAUCAUCUACAUCACCUGGGGGGAAAAAGCAGAAAAGAAAUGAGGGCAGGUGGUCUAGCCAACAAGAAAGUGCAAAUCAGAAUGAAAACUGCAAGUCCGACAUCUUGAGUCCUCUCAAAGCUAAGUUCACAGGAAAAAGGAAAAUACACAAUGAGUUUCAAUGCUGGAUUAAUGUGAAGAUGUUUGGUAGUGACCUCACAUUCAUGACCUGCGAUGAACUGCUUGGCAGAUUGAGAGAGCUAUCACUUAAUGUAGCUGGCUUCACUGUGGAGCUUCUGAAGGGUCAGGAGAUUAAGGUAAACCACAGGGCAAUUGUGGUAGCAGAAGAACUGGUCUUACCAUCACUUUCAGGGUUGCCAAUCAAGCUGAACAUCAACAUGUCCUCUUUCUACUCCCUCUGGGUGAAGGGUAGUGCUAACUUUAAGGACUGGUCUCAGUUCUCCUUGGCUGGUUAUGUUAAACCAAAGACAUUUGUUGGCAUCUCAGCAAGAAUGGGAGUAGAUGGAGCUUUUGGUCGAGUUGGAAUGGAGUGGGUCACCCAAGUCAGAACAUCCACCAGCUUGGACGGAGGCAUACAUGUGCACAAUGGACAAAGUCUGAAGAUGGUUCUCAACACACCUGAUGAUGUUAUGGAUAUUUUGUCCUUUAGUUUCAGAAUGUAUCGCAUCAGUGGAGAAAGUAGAGAGGAGCUCACACCAAGGAACCUCAAAGAGAAGACUACCUGCUCUCCCAAAACAUGGUCAAAGAUGCUUGGAUGGCAGUUAUGCACUGAUGCCACCUACCCCGUGCAGCUGUUGGGAAAAAGUUUUCCACCUCCUGGCCCAAUUAUCUUUAGUUUGAGGCUCCAAAAACUAGACAGAGUCCUUCAAAAGUACCUUUUAGAAGCAGCUUAUGCCUUUGUUCCUCAGCAAAACUCCUGGAUCCCACGUGAAGCCAACAUCCUCCUCUUCCUUGGAACUCCACAAUCCACUAUCCCCCGAGAUAUAUCUUUGGAUUUCAGUCUCAGUCCUCAGAAGCUAAUUCUGAAAAUUGUUCACCCUCUGAAAACCAUUCUCAUUCAAGGGCAGUUUGAUGAACUGAAUGGUCAGAGGUCAGGAAGAGCUGAAAUACUAAUAGAUGACAAGUACCAUUAUUACCUAAAAGGACUGAUAAAGACUCUGAGUCUUCCAUCAGAAAAAAGAACACAAUACCAGCUGGAGGCCAAGUGUGCAGCAGAUGGGCAUCCAGUCAUACUCUCUGUUAAUGUCACACAUGGGCUCAACAGGAAGAUCAAUGUCUCUGCUAAGUUGAGAAAUGUCUUCAUUAAGGAUGCUUCCUUUUCAGUGCAGGUGGAGCGGAGGCAGGAUGACGGCAAGAGGCAGUAUUCAGUGGAUGCAGGGCUCCUUUUGCCUUACUUACUUAGCACUAGGAUCUUUGGACUACUUGAACACAGGGGGAUUGAGUGGGCCUCUGGCUUGAGGAUCAGAUAUGGGGUACAAGAGGACUCAGAAAAUAUGCAAGAGUGCCACAUGUCCCAGAACCUGAGACAUGAGGUCAAGCCAGUUGAGAUGCACUACGGCACAACAGUAGAGCAUGAGCUCCAGUGUUCCCACAUCACAUUCAUCAACCACAGGAUUCAGAUCCAACAUGAAAGGAGCCCCAUUAAAAUUCAGUCUUCCCUUGACCUGAGCUAUGGCAACCACUGGAACCAAGGUAGCAACAAACAAAGAGUCCUCUUGAGUCAGUCCUUCAGGAACCAGUCUGGACAGAGUCUCACCAGUUAUGCUCUGGAGUUCAGCUUACGAAUCCCAGACAAAGGACUGAAUUGCAGGACUCAGUUCCUGUACUCCCACCAGAAAAGAAGGCAGUCUGAGAUGAGCACCCAUCUGAAGGUCAAUUAUAAUGACCAGAUUCCCCUAGUGGCUGGGCUUCAUUGGAAAGAUAUGUCUGCAAAAGUUUCAUUACAGAAAUGGGAAGGGUCCCUAAACAUGGACACACCUUGGCUGUAUGUCUGCAUGGCUCAUAAGUUAUCUCAACUCCAGCAUGGCACAACCCAAUUCACUUCUGAAAUUACAAGCCGGAAAUUGGUUACCAUUCAUAACUUGAUGCUGGAUGGCCUCUACAGGGAAAGGGGCAGAGACAGAGAGGGACACUUAUACUUAUUCACACCAACAGUCACCUAUCUAAAGGUUGGUGGCUACGUCAUAGCAGGGAAACGUAGAGUUAACGCCUCAUGUUCCAUCAGCACAGCUUGGAUGCCAACCUUGAGUGGCGACAUUUCACUGGGGAAUGGAAAAGAGCUGAAGACUCUGGAUUUGAGCACCGGCUAUGGCAAGCAGAAGUUCAACAUCUCCGCAAGCCUCAACAUUGUAGAUAAGAAGCUGAAGAAGAAAUUCUUGAUGAUGACUAUGACUCUGUCAGACCUAAACUAUUCUUAUCUUGAGCUGGAUAUUGGCGGUAGAGUGGAGGAGAUGAGGAAGGACAUGAACUUGUAUCAAAAACGAUGGGUUCUGCACUUCAGGCAGCCAUUUAAGUUCAUCCCACAAAGUCUACACCUCCAGAAGACUUUCACUAUUGAUCUGUAUAAGGGAAUCUACAUUCUUGAGUCAAAGCUGCUGCUCAGUGACAACAGAAAAGCUAUUCAUGUGCUGACUUUUGGAUUCCAACCCCAGCAAUUUCAACCAUAUGUGUGUUCCUCCCUGAUUAAUUCCUUUAACUUGGAAAAUGUCCCACAAGACUUGGAGAUUUGCAUUAGUAUCCACAAAAACCAGACCAUGCAUGUGCUGCAAGGGAGGAUGCUAAUCGCUAAAAAGGAGAAAGUGCUAGUUCUCGGUCAGGUCCAACUUUAUGGUGAAGGUUCUUCUCAGCAAGCUGUUGCAAUCAAAGUCAACCUCACUCAGUUACUACAGAUAAAAAUUCCCUCCAUGGUAACUUUUGAUUGUGAGGUGAUGAGGAAUUACAGGAUGCGUAAAGAAUUUAAAUACAUCGCAAAAGGAAAUGUGGUCAUCGAUGAUAAGGACUAUGAUGCAUAUUUUACACUAGAGAAGACUCCUUCUGGAAAGAUCAGCAGUUCUGUAUAUCUAUGGUCUGGUGGCAAGAUAAAUGGUAUGCUAGAUGUUUCUCUAGCUAAUGCUAUACAAAAGAGCAUUCACACAGUCAACUUCAACCUCAGCUUUCAGCAAACGUUAUUUCCACCUGUCAUAGCAGACCUCCACCUUCAUCUCAAUGCAAACUCUUCUUCAGACAGGUAAUUUAUUGUAGAUUUCGCCUUGACACAUUGAUUUCCUUUUUAACAACA